GUGAAGGACUGCUGCCAUUUUGUCGGUACAGUUCACUCCCGAAAACGUCGGGCAUUUUUGUAAAUGAAUAAUAAGAAAAUACUAUAGUUGAUCGCAAUUAACUUCAAGGCAGAAUGCUCUCCGCCGCCCAGUUACUCGACGAGUUAAUGGGUCGAGAUAGAAACUUGGCCCCGGAUGAAAAGCGCUCUAACGUACGAUGGGACCACGAGACUGUCUGCAAGUAUUAUCUAUGUGGCUUUUGCCCAGCUGAACUGUUCACCAACACACGCUCUGAUUUGGGUCCUUGUGAAAAGAUUCAUGAUGAAAACCUGCGGAAAAUGUAUGAGAAGAGCUCCCGUUUCAUGAAGGAAGGUUAUGAGCGUGACUUCCUGAGGUACCUGCAGAGUCUCCUGGCUGAGGUAGAACGCAGGAUCCGGAGAGGCCAUGCCAGACUGGCAUUGUCACAGGCCCAACAGAACUCUGGAGGACCUGGCCCCUCUGGGAAGAAUGAGGAAAAGGCCCAGGUGCUCACAGAGAAGAUUGAAGAACUUGUUGUCCAGAUUGAAGAGCUAGGCUCAGAGGGACGUGUUGAAGAAGCUCAAGGCAUGAUGAAACUGGUGGAGCAAUUGAAAGAUGAAAGGGAGCAGCUCAGCUCAACACCUUCUACUAUUGAGAGCUUCGCUGCUCAGGAGAAGCAGAUGGAGGUAUGUGAGGUGUGUGGUGCUUUCCUCAUUGUUGGUGACGCUCAGUCCAGAGUGGACGACCAUCUAAUGGGCAAACAGCAUAUGGGCUAUGCUAAAAUCAAAUCUACUGUUGAAGAGCUGAAGGAGAAACUGCAUCGGCGUUCAGAAGACCUGGACAAAGAUGACCGGGGAAGGAGAGAGAGGGAGAGGGAGGACAGGGAACGUGAGAGGGAGGAGCGUGAAAAGAAGCGCAAGGAAGAGGAGGAGCAGCGGGAAAAAGAAAGGGAGAAGGAGCGUGCUCGAGAGAGGGAGCGGGAGCGUGAGAGAGAGCGGGAGAGGGAAAGGGAACGUGAGCGGGAACGAGAACGGGACCGGGAACGAGAACGUGAGAGGCGCGGCAGACGGAGUCACUCGCACAGCCGCCAUUCCAGCCGUGCGUCGGACCGCCGCCGGAGCCGUUCACGGGACAGGAGGAGGAGCAGCAGGAGCAGGGAGCGGGACAGGAAACGCAGCAGGAGCCGUGACCGAGAGAGGCGGCGCAGCAGGGAGCGCUCGGACAAGAAGAGACGGUCCCGCAGCCGAGAGAGGAGGAGGUCCCGCAGCUCUGAGCACAAGAGCCAUCGGCACCGCAGCCGUAGCCGAGACAGGGACAGAGACAAAGACAGAGAGAAGGACAAAACUGCCAGAGAAAAAGAGCACAAGGACACAGAAGAGAAGAGAAGCAGUGGGAAGGGCUCAGGUGACGAGCGUUCCGGCGAGCCCCUGAAGCCCGAGCCCAUGGAGGCCCAGCCUCCACAAGUAGAGGUGAAUGGCACCACUGAAGACCUCCAUUCUGAAGGUGACACUCAGUCCAAUUAAAACUGAUCUGAUAGGACCUCAGAUCAGCUCCAGGGGGCGCUGGGACAGCUGAGUAAGGAAGAGCCGAAGACCUCCAACCUUCAAAACACAAUCUCCGCUGCUUAAAACAAGGUGAACCGCAGAUGUAGUGGCCUAAUUAAGAUAAAAUAAAAUAAAUAAAUGUAAAAUGGUUGUUGCCCUUUUCAGCAUUUUCACAGGACCUUAUCAAUUUUGUUUUCCUUCAUACUUAACUGUUGUGAGAUCAUAAGCCUUUAAGUAAAUGAAGGUCCAUUCUUAUUUUUGUUAGUAUGCGUUAAAAUGAAAAGUACCUGUGACGUUUGCUUUGUGCAGUUGGGUCUCACUUCACAUUUUAGAAUUUGAAGAGUAGUUUUGGAGUGUCAUGUACAGUGUAUGGACUGAGACCCAGAUUUGGGCUCUUUCGCUUAGCUUUCCAUCAUUUCACCCCUCUCUGUAAGCUAUAUCCAAAAUGUUUGAUCAGUUUUAGUUCAGAAAAAUGCAUUUUCAUUUUGUUCAGAUUUUAAAAACCUGUAUGUGUCUUGAAUAAAAAAAAAACCAAAAAAA